AUGAGACGAGAACGGGUGUCCAUCAGCCAGCAUGUUGAUGACAAAUCGCAAGUAGUCUUACGGAACCAAAUCGAGGAGUUGCCAGUGUCAAGAGAAUCUCAAGUUGUCUUAGAUUGCUGGCGGACAGCUAGCAUGCAGCCUACCCCAGCUUCAGUUAGUUCACGCAUGUUACAAAUUCAAGGUAUACCUCAAGGUUCACAAGUUAGAAAUAUGGUGGUUGCCGUAUGCAGUAUGGCGAUUUCCGAGCAGUUUGUUAGCCUGCGUGUUCCGAAAUCUCCACCCGCCAGUUCACUGCCUCUGCGUUGGUCGUUACAAAAUCAAAGUGCAUCUCGAGGUUCACAAGUUAGCAAUAUGGUGGUUGCCGGGCAGUUGGUUACCUGCGAGACCUGCAAAUCUCUGCAAGAUCAUUCAUGCUAUUUUCAAAAUAGAAUUGCAUCAAGAUUCACACUGUUGUAUGUUCAUAGUGUGAUUCAGGCGUCUCUCUUAUGUGCCUUCUACCUGUGUCUUUGGCUGCUAGGUCGAGACUAUGAUGACCCGCAACAUCGCCUUGAUGCCGCUAGGGAGGAACCAUACAUUAACGCGUUCCCUAGCCCCUCGGCGCGAGGCCCCUGGCAGUGGGGUGGCACGGAGUGUGGGGUGCCUGGUGGCUUGUUAGUGACGGGGUGGCCGCGCGGCGCGCUGUGCGCAGCCCUGCAGGCGCUGUGCGUCGUCAAGGCCCUGCACAACGCCUGCGACCUCGUCUUCGACGCGGCCCUCAUCGUGGGAGUCAUCUCGCAUUUAACAUAUUUCUCCAUCCCUAGCAUUUAA